AUGCUCCACCAAAUCUCGAAUGAUCGUUCUUCUUCGCAAUCAAAAUCGUUUCCAGCACCCACCAACUAUUCAUCGACUUCGUCAUCGACUCAGAAUGCUCAAACAAACAUCUCGAAUAAGUCUUCUUCGCAAUUGCAUACCACGUUGUUACCAGAACCUCAAACACCUUCGACCUCGGAGACUGUCACUAGUCUCAUUUCUACUUCACUAGUUGGUAGUACAAGAACCAUACCAUCCACCGUACUGCUACAAACAGCGCUCGUAAAGGUCUUCGACCUCAACGGUCACACACAAUGGGCAAGAGCACUGUUAGAUCCAGCAUCCCAGCUUAACCUCAUCACGGAAAACCUGGUGCAGAAACUCAAGUUGCGCCGUUAUCCCGAUUACCAAGAAAUUGGAGUCGUAGGCAAUUCUUUCGUCGUAUCGUCGCACACAGUCAAGGUUCGGAUUGGAUCACACUGUUCAGAUUUCGUUACCGAAGAAUCCUAUCAUAUUUUGAAGAGGAUUACUCAUGAACUCCCUACGAGGUCCAUCAAUAAGUCGUCGUGGAUUAUUCCUUCGGAUAUCACUCUAGCUGAUCCCAAAUUCUACGAACCGGGAUCAAUCGAUCUUCUGUUAGGGAUGGAGAUGUAUUAUGAUUUACUUUUGAAUGGUUUCAUCAAACUCGGACCUGAACAGCCAAUCAUGCAAAACACAGUGUUUGGCUGGGUUGCUUCAGGAAAAAUAGACUCUGGGCAUACAGAGCAUACAGAUCGAAAAUUUGCUCAUGUAUGCGGAUCCAAGUCACUUGAGAAACAAUUAUCUCGAUUUUGGGAAUUGGGGUCCUGUUGGCGUGAUAGUACACAUUCCCUAGAAGAAUCUGCUUGUGAAGAGCAUUUCUCAAAAUUUACCUUCCGUGACACCUUCGGAAGAUUCGUAGUUACCCUACCCAAACGUCAAGCUUUUCUGACUCAACUUGGGCAGUCGAAACAAAUUGCAACCAGAAGAUUUCUGACAUUAGAACGUCGAUUGGAUUCGGAUGUCAGAUUAAAGGAAUCUUAUUCAAACUUCAUCCAAGAAUAUUUAUCGCUAAAUCAUAUGACAGAGAUAGAUGAUGAAGAAUCCAUAGUCACUCCAUCGUACUAUUUACCACAUCACUGUGUACAAAAAGCGGAUAGCACCACUACCAAGCUACGCGUUGUGUUCGACGCAUCAUCGCGAACGGAUAGCGGAGUUUCAUUAAAUCAAGCGUUGAUGGUCGGUCCAGUCAUACAGGACGAUUUGUUUUCGCUAAUCGUCCGAUUUCGAAUACAUAAAAUUGCAAUCAUAGCGGACAUCGAGAAGAUGUUCCGCAAAAUUGGGAUACACCCAUCUGAUCAUCCACUCCAUAGAAUUCUAUGGCGAAAUUCCUCACAGGAGCCGAUACGUACGUUUGAGCUCACGACCGUGACAUACGGUACGGCUUCGGCGCCAUACUUAGCUACCAGAUGCCUGAAGGAGCUGGCCAAGCAAGAGAGCAUCAACUAUCCAAAUGCAUCGCGGGUCCUUGAGAACGAUUUUUUCAUGGACGACAUGUUGACUGGAGUGAAUACCACCGAAGAAGGGAAGGAACUCUGUACACAACUGAUCCAGCUGUUACAAUUAGGCGGAUUCAACCUACGCAAAUGGGCGUCGAAUUCCAAUGCUACUCUUUCGAAAAUUCCGGCUGAGUUACGUGAUGAGAGAUCACUGUUCACAUUGGAUGUUGAUCCUACGCCUAUCAAGGCUCUCGGUUUGCAGUGGGAACCAUCACUCGACAGAUUUAAAUAUGCCAUACCGGAAUGGUCACAGGGACCAAUAAUCACUCGACGUGUCGUUCUAUCGGACACCGCUAAACUCUACGAUCCGCUUGGGUUAAUCGGUCCGGUUGUGAUCGACGCCUUCGCGCUGGAAGACGUUCAUCGCGAGUAUCAGAAGUGCAACAUCUCACAGCAAAUGGUAUUUGGGCACACGUUCCUGGGAUUGACAACCCUGCUGACAUCAUAUCCCGAGGAAUGUAUGCUGUUCAGCUCAAGGAUACAGCAGCAUGGUGGAGUGGUCCAUCUUGGCUUAGCCAACAGCCUCGUUUCUGGCCUGCAUUAG